AUGCAACAACUUACUCCGGUUAGAUUCUUGCACCUUGUUUCCAAUAAAAGCAGUACUCUCUUCCAUACUCGCUCGCUAGUCAACAACCUUCCGUUACUAACUACUACCGCAACAAAACUAAUGAGUUCUGGGAGUGGUCGAAGCGAGGGAAGCAUUCGUGAUGGGGAUACUGUGUUCGGUAAAAAGGAAAAAGUUAUUGAGGAUCAGUAUUUUCGUGUUCAGGAAGUCGAGAAAAUAAAGCAUUUAAAAGAAGAGCUUCUAAAACAAAAGGCAAAACUUGCGGAAAUAGAGGAUAAAAUUGAUGAGUUAGCACCAUCAAAGGAAUGA